AUGGCAUCCAACGAGCCAGAAAAGCCAAAAUCCAUCAAAAAUGGCAUCACAUACACCAGGGACUUUGAAGUGGUCGAAAUGAGCGACCUGUCGGCGAGCAAGUCCCAAAGCCAGUUCGCAGUAGCAACGUCGUAUUCCAUUACAACCAAUUCACGACCCAGGACUUCUCGCAAGAAGUCAAUGGGUCGCCGUUUCGUCGACAGCUUUCGUCGAGUUCCUGGAGGUCUUCCCAUGACGGGUAACCAUGGCUAUCAUGUCAACGAUGAUCUCCCUGACAUGGGACAAGCCGGUGGUCGCUUCUAUGACCUUCGUGCUGCCAAUGUCCGGACGGCCAAUUCUGCACUUGCGCGAGACCUCAAGGGCCGCCAUCUGCAAAUGAUUGCCAUUGGAGGCUCUGUCGGGACGGGUCUUUUCGUGGCAUCGGGUGUGGCUCUCUACCAAAGCGGCCCAGCUUCUUUACUGCUUGGCUACCUUGUUACUGGUGCUAUACAGUUUUGCACCAUGCAAAGUAUGGGUGAAUUGGUAACAGCAUUUCCAGUUGCUGGUUCGUUUUCUGCGUUUUCAAGUCGGUUUCUGGACCCAUCAUGGGGUUUCGCCAUGGGUUGGAAUUAUGCUUUACAAUGGCUUAUCGCUCUUCCUAUUGAGAUGAUUUCCGGGGCUUUGGCCAUCCAAUAUUGGAAUGCAUCUAUUAACCCAUCCAUCUUCGUCACCAUCUUUCUACUCGCAAUCGUCAUCAUAAAUCUGUUGGGGAUCAAAGGAUAUGGCGAAGCGGAAUUUAUUUUCUCCACGGUCAAAGUAACUGCCAUUGUGGGCUUCAUACUCCUCGGGGUAGUUAUUAAUAUCGGAGGACCGCCUACCAGUGGUUACAUUGGCGGACAUUAUUGGACAGAUCCCGGUCCAACAAACAACGGCUUCAAAGGCUUCUGCAGCGUCUUAGCCACAUCUUCGUUUUCGUUUGUCGGUACCGAAAUCAUCGGGCUGGCUGCGGCCGAGACGGCGAACCCAAGAAAAUCCCUCCCAAGCGCCAUCAAACAAGUAUUCUGGAGAAUUGGCAUCUUUUACAUUGUAUCACUGCUGUUGGUGACUCUGUUGGUUCCGUACAACGAGCCCCGUCUUCUUGGAGGCCAAAGCUCUGUUGAUGCGGCCGCCAGUCCGUUCGUCAUUGCCGUCGAGAGCGCCGGAUCAACCAUUUUACCCAGUGUUAUGAAUGCCGUGAUCAUGAUUGCAGUGUUGAGUGUGGGAAACUCUGCCAUAUUCGGAUCUUCGAGAACGCUGGCCUCCUUGGCUGAGCAGUCGCACGCGCCGGCCAUAUUUUCCUAUGUUGAUCGCAAAGGACGACCACUAGUCGCGAUUCUUUUCGCCUCUUCUCUAGGCCUUUUGGCCUACCUAGUCAAUGUCAAGAUCCAUUCAGAGAUCUUCAACUGGCUUCUGGCCAUUUGUGGUUUGUCCAGUCUGUUCACUUGGGGCAGCAUUUGCCUCUGUCAUAUUCGAUUCCGGAGAGCUUGGGCAGCAGCAGGCUACUCGGUAAAUCACCUGCCAUUUGUUUCACAGGCCGGUAUUAUGGGUUCUAUCCUCGGAUUGGUAGGCAAUAUAUUGGUGCUAGCUUCCCAGUUUUGGGUUGCCAUUUCCCCAGUGCCAACCAGUCCCACGGGUGGUCAGCCCGCUAUCACUGCCAGAAACUUCUUCCUAAAGAUGUUGGCCGUCCCAAUCGUCAUUCUGUUCUAUGUUGGACAUAAAUUGUGGUUUAGGACACAGAUUGUCAGCAUAGCAGCUAUGGAUAUCCACACUGGGAGGAGCUUUUCGAGAGUACAGUCCCAUGUUUCGGCAGAGGAGGAGGAGAUGCGCCACGGCAUGGAUCCCGCUACAGUUUCAGCGCACGAUCGGGCGCUCAGCUACAUCUCGGAUCCUCGCUUCAGCCAAGAGUUUAUUCUUCCCAGAACUGCAAACCGCGACCCCAUCACUGUUUGCUAUGCUGACCUGGGAUUCAAACCCGAAUCUCCGGCCGCAAGUCGCAGUACGCCAACUGUGCUCUUCAUCCCCGGCAUGUUUGGGUCCAGAUAUAUCGGGGGUCUUCUAGAUCCAGUUGCUCGUAAAUUUGGACGCAGUUGGGCUAGGAAUGCUAACGUCUCUCUGCCUCGUGUGCAUAGGCCUGGGAUGGGCCUCUCCACCCGCGUGCCACUUUCGCAGCGGCUUUCAACGUGGAUUGAGAUCGUCCCUCUUCUAAUGGCACAUUUAGAUAUCGAGCAUAUCGCCUUAAUCUCGCAUUCAUUUGGGGUAAUGUAUCUGCUUAACACCUUGCAUCAUUACCGGGAUAUGCUGCAUCCCGAGCGGCCUUUUGUUGCAUUUAUGGCGCCGUGGGUUGAUCCAGCGCACUCCAAACUUACACUAUGGCAGAUGGCUCACUAUAUUCCGACACAAGCCAUUGGUCUAAUGAACCUCAUUACACCUGCAUUCGCCACAAGUGGAACUGUUUUUACCAAGGCCGCCAGUUUCCUCUCUUCUUCUAUUGGCGGUGGUGACGGGCGAGAGCUUUCCUUCCAAGAGAUCAACAGGAAAAAGCUGGCGACCGACUAUGACUUGCCAAGAGAUGUACAACUAGAAUUGGGACCGAUGCGUAUGAAGAAAAUCUUUGAGGGAGACACCACUGGUGCCAAUGAUGAGGCACUUCAGUGUUUGAGAAAAGGCGACGGACGAUCGUGGGGAGAGUGUGAUGAUUACAAUGUCUUUGUAAAGGCAUUCGUGAGCACUGAGAGGCAAAAACAACAGUUGGACGUGAGUUCUCAGGGCCACAUGAAACUGAAAGUGAGAGCAUAUUUCGCUGAAAGCGAUGUCAUGAUUGGCGCAGGGGGCCAGAAGUAUGUGGAAGAAUGCUGGGGAUGGCAAGAGAACACAUUUGACGAUGUCAUUGACUUCAGCUCGGCUACGGUCCCCGGUACUGACCAUGACAGCGUUAUGGAAUCUAUUGAAGUACUCGAGAAGCUUUUCAUGGAUGUCAAGGGCAGUCUAACAUGA